GAGGGCAGGAAUCCCACAAUAGGCAGGCGGAGGAUUUUUUUUCUUUUCUUCUCUUUUUCUCUCUCUAAGCAGAGCGGAGCUGGUUUGCCGUCUCAAUCACAGGGAAGGCAGAGGGGAAGGGAGGCUCUGCGCGGAGAUGUACGAUGGCAGAGCUACAAAUGUUGUUAGAGGAUGAAAUUCCUGCCGGUAAAAGAGCGCUCGUGGAGAGUUACCAAAACCUAAUCAGAGUAGCGGACUACUGCGAAAACAACUAUGUUCAGGCCCAGGACAAGAGGAAAGCUCUGGAGGAGACCAAAGCCUACACCACCCAGUCGCUGGCCAGCGUGGCCUACCAGAUCAAUGCCUUAGCCAACAACGUGCUGCAGCUGCUGGACAUCCAGGCCUCGCAGCUGCGGCGCAUGGAGUCCUCCAUCAACCACAUCUCCCAGACGGUGGACAUCCAUAAAGAGAAGGUGGCCCGGCGGGAGAUCGGCAUCCUGACCACCAACAAGAACACCUCGAGGACCCAUAAGAUCAUAGCGCCGGCUAACAUGGAGCGGCCCGUCCGGUACAUCAGGAAGCCCGUGGACUACAAUGUACUGGACGACGUCGGCCACGGCGUCAAGUGGCUAAAAGACAAGCAACAUGGAAACAAUCAGGCGAGCCGAGGAGGAACGCUAUCGAGGACCAAUCCGCCGACGCAGAAGCCGCCCAGCCCGCCCAUGUCGGGGCGCGGCACGCUCGGACGCAACACGUCCUACAAGACCCUGGAGCCGGUGAAGCCGCCCACGGUGCCCAACGACUACAUGACCAGCCCCGGACGCACGGCGUCACUCAACCAGAGGCAACGCAGUCACAGUGGAAGCAGCGGGGGGAGCAGCAGCAGGGAGAACAGCGGCAGCAGCGCUGUCGGCAUUCCCAUCGCCGUGCCGACGCCCUCCAUCCCCAACUCCGGACCAGUCCCGGCCACGUCGACUCCCCCGGGAGCCCCUCCCCCGCCCCCACCUCCUCCUCCUCCUCCUCCCACGGCCGGGCUCGGCCCCCUUCCUCCACCUCCACCACCACCUCCACUUCCACCAGCGCCACCGCCGCUAGUGGUGGCCCCCGGUCCCGGUCUGGGCCCCGCUCCGAUGUCCCAGUUCGGGACCAUCUCGCGGCAGAUUCCGCGGCACAACCCCUCCAACUCCUCCGCGUCCGUGGUUUCGGCCACGGGGACGUACCGCCGGGCGCCGUCGGUCUCCUCCCAGUUCUCCCUGCAGCAGCAGCAGCAGCAGCUUCAGCUUCAGCAGCAGCAGCUUCAGCUCCAGCAGCAGCAGCAGCAGCAGCAGCCUCAUAUUAAUGGAGGCACGCCUGGCUACAGCCAGAACUCAAUGUCUGUCGCUCCUCCCCCCCCCAUGCCCCAGCUGACUCCACAGAUACCUCUGACUGGCUUUGUGGCCAGGAUGCAGGAGAGCAUUGCAGAUACUCCCACUCCGCCUCCUCCCCCGCCUCCGGAGGACAUUCCCAUGUUCGACGACUCCCCCCCGCCCCCGCCGCCCCCCCCGGUGGACUACGAGGAGGAGGACGCCGCCGUGGUGCAGUACAGCGACCCGUACGCCGACGGCGACCCGCUGUGGGCGCCCAAGACCUACGUGGAGAAAGUGGUGGCCAUCUACGACUACAACCAGGACAAGGACGACGAGCUGAGCUUCAUGGAGGGCUCCAUCAUCUACGUCAUCAAGAAGAACGACGACGGUUGGUACGAGGGCGUGUCCGGCGGCGUCACCGGGCUGUUCCCCGGCAACUACGUGGAGUCCAUCAUGCACUACGCCGACUGAGGGGCGAGCGCGCGGCCGCGUCGCCUCGCGAUCCACCGACGGACCGCCGCCAUCCUCGACCCCCCGGGACGUUUAGACCCCCCUCUUUCUUGCUUUCUUUUUUUUAUAUGACAGAAUGUUCUUUCCCUUACCGAUUGCAAAUAAAAUUAAAAGUGAUAUCUAUUUAGUUUAUUUUUGGUGUUAUACGAGGGGGGGGGAGGCGAGUUAUGGAGUAUGUACAACAUAAGUGACUAAAGAACUGGACUGCACGCGCUCGCUCGGACGGUCACGCAGCUGAAGGAUGUACGACGUCAUCGUGGCCUGGACGGACAUUCUUAGCGAUAUAUAUAUUUUAUUUUUCGUGAACAAGGAACAUUCAGUUUUAAAGCGAACAAAAAAGCGACGUCACGUGAACACCUCCGGGUGUGUGUGUGUGUGUGUGUGAGACACGUGGGCUGCAGCCGCUUGGGGUUUCUGUAACGUGAACGUCGAUAUGAUCUCAUCGACCCCACAGAGGCUCGUUCGGGGGAAAUUUACAAAUUUAAAAUACUGUAUAUGGUAUUUCAAAAGACGCCUGAAAAUCAGUCUGAGUUAAAAAGCAUGCAGCAUUUUAAAGAUAUAUAAUGUAAUCUUAAGUUUAUUGCCACUACGCUUCCAUUACGUUGUAAAUGUAUCCACAUUAAGUUUUUUUAAAUUAAUUUUAUUACACUGUUGAAAUCACUGAACCUUUUGAAGACUCAAGCCCCGCCCCCUCACUUCCCAAAUGCCAAUUUUUGGUAUUUAACCCUUGUGUUGCCUUAGGGUCAUUUUGACCCGAAUCAAUAUUACACCCUCCCCCCGCCUUUGGGUCAUUUUGACCCGAUUCAAUGUUUCACCCUCCUGUUACCUAAAUAUUUACUAACAUAUUUUACCCUUUGGGUUCAAUUUGAUGCCAGCAAUUAAAACCUCCAGAAAAUUAUUAGAAUUAAUAUUGUUUACCAAGUUUAAGUGUGAGGCACUUUGUUUGUUGACUACCGAAAGAACACCGACAUUAAACAUUGAAUGGGGUCAAAUUAAUCCUAAGGCGGGGGGAGGGUGUAAUAUUGAUUCGGGUCAAAAUGACCCUAAGGCAACACAAGGGUUAAAAAAAAAUCGAAAUGGAUUUUACGUUUUCCUUCUGACGGAUCAGUUUUGACGCAAGAGAACAAUUUCCAUUUUUUUUUUUUACGAUUACGUCACAUCACUGUUUGUUCUGUACUAAUCCACAUCCGAUCCGUGGGCUCCAAGCGGAUUAAGAUUGAAGUUGCCUUGUGACUGUUCCGACGCACCGCUGCCCAAUAGACAACUGGAUUACCGCGGCUCCGGAACCCUCCGGGCUGCACAGGUGUACAUAUUUUUUUUAAAUCAGCUGUCACUCAGGUUUAGAAUUCGGCCCUCAACCGCAUCCAACACGACGACUCGUUUUCUUUUCUUAAACCAUUUCAGGAUACUGCCGCUCAUGCUUUGAUAUUUUUUUCCCGCUUGCUUUAGAAAUUUCCAAUAAUAAAAAUCUAUAAAAAAUUCUGGCUCAAUUUCAUGGGUAGAAAUAUUGACGUCGGCCCUUCAUUUGUACAUAUGUCGAUUGAAAAAGUAAUGUACAGUCUUUUAUAAUAAACUAUUCUAUGUACAACA